UCAUUCGAGAAGUGGCGGCAGUCGCAAAGGUAUAGGCGCGGGUAGCCUGCUCUUUCGCGAUCGACCGACGCCCGUCGGAGCAACGGCGGGGAUUCGCGAAGUUUGCAAGCCGAAGCGGCGGCCGGGACAGCGCGCGCGGAGUUGCCGGAGCGUCGAAAUGGGCGAAGAGCCGAGCGUCGGUGAAAUCACGUCGCUAGAGGCGAGGUGCAGGUGGGAAAUCAAGCGGUUCGGCGGUGUGGACGUGCCCACGGGCAAGCCGAUGUGCUCGCCUGUAUUUUCCACGUCGCACUGCAGCGGUGCAGCUCUGCGGUGGCGACUGAAACUGUAUCCCGGCGGCUUCGACAAGGACAGCGGGGACCACGCGGCGGCUUACUUGCAGUCCGUGCACAAAGCCAGGACGUCGACGAAAUUCGCCAUCUCGGUGGCGAUCGACUCGGACGGCGAGGCCGUCAGGCAAUGCACUCGGGAGAAGCGCACCUUCCGAUCUCUCCAGGACUGGGGCUGGCCCAGAUUUGCGCACAAGCAGCUGAUCGCGCAAGCGGCGAAGAACGACACGCUGAUCGUGCGUUGCUCUAUUUUCUCGACGAGCGUCUUGUCGACCGGCGAGAGUGACGACGACGACGACGACGACGACGACGACGACGACGACGAGGACGGCGAGGACGAGGAGGACGACGGGGACGAAAGCGCCGUAGAUCACAGCUCGCAAAUGUUGGGCUACUUCGAGAAGCUGCUUGACAGCGGGGACUUCAGCGAUGUGACGGUGAUCGUCGGCAAGAAACGACUGCAGUUGCACAAGGCAAUUCUCGCCAGCUUCAGCCCCGUUUUCCAAACGACGUUCGAGCAAGAGCGUAAAGAGCCGAAGCCGCCGACGGAGCAGGUUUACGAGGUGGUCGGCAUCAAGUACGACGUGGCGAAGGAGAUGUUCCGCUACAUGUACACGGCCAAGAUCAAACGCCUCGACGACAUUGCCGGAGAGCUUCUCGCGGCAGCCGACAGGUACUCCGUGGACAAGCUGAAGGUACUCUGCGAGAAAUCCCUCUGCGCCAGCUUGAAUGCCGACAACGCCCUGCGCCUCUUGGAGCUGGCCACGAGGUUCCACACGACCAUUCUGCGAGCCAAGGUGACCGAGUUGGUGCUCGGUCGUUUGGCCGAGUUCGUCGCCAAGCCUGAAUUCAAGCAAUUGAGCCCGGCCUGCAAGGACGAGCUGCUGAGCAGCAUCGCCGUCAAGCGGACGAGCAAGUGAAGCUGAACGCGGAAGGACUAUCGAAAUUCUGUUUUCCUCUUUCUGCGCCAUUUUUCGUGGCUCUCGCGCCGCGCGUCGAGCGUACACCAGCUGAAAAACAAUUCCUUAUCGAGAAGUUCAGCUACGAAUGAAAGCGCGGAAAGUGCGCAGAGACGCUAGAGAUUAGAUAAACGCGAAUAUUCGUGCUUGCCGAGUCAAUGUUUGCCGUCAGUCCGCUCGGCUGUCUCGGUUGUCUCGGCUGUCUCGGCUGGCUCGUCGUUGUUCAUCGUGCGCGGCUUCUCGAGGAGACUCUUGGAAUCCAAGCUGACCGAGGCAGAAAAGUGUGAAAUUUUAGGUGCCGACGCGACACAUUAGAAUCCGGCGUAAGCUGCAAGACACGCUGUGUUGCCACAACGCGUGUGUAUUAUUAUGAAAACGUACGAAAGCAGUAUGGACGAUGGUCGCACGCGCCGAAGGCGUCCUAUCGCAGCGUUCGGUCGUUGUUAUUGUCAGUCGGCCGAGCCACGCGUCUCAGCCUCGCGAACUCGCUCGCACGGUCGUCGAGUGCGCCGAUCCAAGCGAGCGAGGGACGUAAUCCGAGUCGGAUAAACUAACUCGUCGAGAAAGCCGCCGCCGACCGCCCCAAUGUUUACGUUUCCGAUGACAAUGCCCGCGACAAUCGCUUGCCAACUGACGAACGCCGUGAUCCGGCGAGGAACUUGGCACGCGCAGCGUAGAAGGGGCGCGCUCCGCGCCGCCCGCGGGAGGUCCAGUCCGGUCAGUGUCUCGCCGAUCUCGCGAGGGCAACGGCGCGAGCGGCCGUCGCGAAUCAGCUGCGAGGCGACGAUUUC